GCCGCUUGAUAUUACCCAGUAGAUUCAUCCGCCGCUAGACAAUAUUCCCGAGACAACUUGACAGAUUAUUCCCCCGCUGCGCGGCUGCGCGAGUAAGUUUUGCGCGUGUGUGCGGCGCGUGUUCAGGGAACAUUGGCCCGUUGACCAUCCUCUUGCGCCAGACGCGCGCUCCUUUCCUUUACCCCCCCUUCGAGAGACCGUUCCAUUCAGCCAUCUCCAUUGGCUUUCGAUGCGCUCCUAGCGGCGGUCCUCUACCCUACUUACACACCUCGGGAGGUAACCUCACACUCGUUCUCACCCAAAGCGGGCUACCGGGCUUGCGCACACACAAUUAUACAAAUGGCUAUGGAUCCUACACCGAGUCAGCCGACCUCGUCCGGGUCCGGUCCCCUCCGGAUACCCGAACCAGCUGCCCCGUCGUCCUUUGCCCCCUCGGAACCGGGCGUAGUAGACUCGCCGGUAUCGCCCGCCUCGCCAAACGCCUUCGCGCGGUUUGAAUUCGAGGCCGGCCGCGGAAACGAGGGAUCCAAGAUUCUUAUGGUGGAAUGGGAUCCGACACCGUCUGGGGAGGACGGUUGGGUCGUGACGUGGGAAACUAAGACGACGACAUUUCCAGUCGCGGAGAGAGUGGAGGACGAGGAAGAGGAUAUUGAGAAGAAAGGACAGCGCCGACAACGUGUUUACUUCCUGUUACCUUCGGAUGCCGUAGUACCCCCCAUAGUAACCAUUUCUCACGCCAGCUCGAGCCGAGCGUUGAUGGCUAAGGCGAUGCCGGCCAUCUUCGCGCCGGGACUCGGGAUCGGGUCUCGUGAUGCGGGCCGCCGCGGCGUUUUGCACACGGUAUGGGCGCGGCUGCGGGCCGGACAGCUCCAGGAUGAGAUCCGUGCUGAGCUCCGCGACAAUAGCGAGAGCGUGGGGCUCGAGAUGGCUGUCCAGGAACGCCUCUGGAUCAUCGACCACUUCGGCCUCGAUGAUCUCCGCGUUCCUGAUGCUGGUUGCAACGUCGCUGGUACCGACUCUGUAUCUCAGGCACCUCCGCAGAGCCCGCGUUCCCCGAUAGGUGGUCGUCUAGGCGAGAAGUUAAAGGGGCUGAAGCUGGCGACUUCGCCGUCGGACUUGGCCAAUCAUUCAGGUACUCACUACUCGCAUCAACACAACCAAUAUAUCCCAAAGCGCGAUCCGCCUCCCCCAGGCAGGAAAGAGACAACAGCGUUAAGAACAGGUGCAGAUACUAGCAACGUAGCGUCCCUCGAUGCCGUUCUCGGCGGGAACGCGCAAGCAGUCGCUGCACCACCCGCGACCCAGACUAAAGAGACGGAAGACGAGCUAUUUGCGCUGCCGAUGAGCCCGCGCAGCCCCGACAUGAAGGCCAUGAGUCCGUUCAGUCUUCUAAAAUGAGAUAAGCUCGGAAAAGAAGUCGGUAGAUAUCUCGCGCGAGAUAGGUUAUAUAUAGUGAGGCAUAUGAAACUUGGAGUUGGGCUUUAAUACGAUACUAGAGAAUUCAUAUAUAUGAUAGAUGCGAGAGCUCACUUGAGAAAGCAGACGGGACGACGUAGACAAGGGGAAUGAGAUGGCCUGCU